AUAAUCAUUCUCUAUUCGCGAUUUAAAACGUUCGGCUCGUUACGUGAAUUAAAAUAAUUAAAGAAAACGGUCAAAUCUUAUCAGGGUAUUCAGAAAUCACAAAUUUAUCAAGAAUUCUUCCCAUUAUGUUCACGUGGCAGUUAUGGUGCACUUUAUUUUGUGUUUUGUGGUUGUAUUUUCUGUGGACACUUUGCCGAUUUUAUAGCUUAAUAUUUACAAUACCUGGACCAAUUGGGUAUCCUUUAAUUGGAGUAGCGCUCAAGGUGCGCCGUAGGGAAGAUGUGCUGAAGAUAUUGAAGAACUUUUUGGAUAGAUAUGGCUCAUUUCUGAUAACUUGGCUGGGUCCUAUACCAUCUUUUGUUACCACUGAUCCACAACUCAUACAGGAUAUUCUUAACUCACAGAAUUGCCUUGACAAGGCUAACGUCUACAGGGUUGUUAACGAUGUCGCUGGCCUGGGAUUAAUCACUGCGAAAGAGCCUCAUUGGAGUGUGCUUCGGAAGAUGCUGAAUCCCGCGUUUGGAUUAAAUGCUCUGACUAGCCUGGUGCCUACUUUCAACGCCGAGGCGAAUUCCUUGCUCAAGAUGGUAGAACCAUUAGUGGAUUCUGGUGAACAGGACUUGUUACCAUUGCUGCAGAAUUUUUCCUUGAACGUGGCAAGUCAAACAACAAUGGGAUGUGGUGUGAACGAAAAUGGGAAUAUUGAAAGCCACCAACUACUAAAUAUUUCCAAUCUUCAGGAAUCCAUGACAGAAAUCUUUUUUUCGCCCUGGCUGAUUAGUAGAACAUUACGCCAAUUAUUUGGCCGGGAGGAUCAAUACUUUAAAGCCAAAACGGAGAUAAGAGGAUUCAUUAACAAGUUAAUUGAACCAACAUUAUCAAAGGUUUCUGAACAACUGAAAGAUAAGAAUAAUUUUCUAAACCUAGCAACUGAUUUGAAGAAUCGUGGAAUUUUUACCACACAGAAUGUGGAAGAUCAUUCUGUUCAGAUUGUAUUUGCCGCAUUUGAAACUACAGCUAAUACGGUGGCCUAUACACUGAUGUUGCUUGCCAUGUUUCCCGAGUAUCAAGAGAAGGCUUUUGAAGAGCUUUGUUCAUUUUUUCCCAAGUCGGGAGAUUUUGAUGUUAGCUACAGUGAUAUUAAGAAUCUGGUUUAUUUGGAUUUAAUUCUUAAUGAAUCAAUGCGACUUCUGACACCAGUUCCAAUAGUUGGACGACAGACCAUGCGCGACGUGCGUCUUUCGAAUGGAAUUUUUAUUCCAAAAGGAGUUCAGAUUGCAAUCGAUAUCUUUCACUUGCAUCGGGAUAAGAAAAUAUGGGGAGAAAAUGCAGAAACAUUCGAUCCCGAACAUUUCCUGCCCCAUAACCUACAGGAGAAGCAUCCCUAUUCGUUCAUACCCUUCACUAAGGGAAUACGAAAUUGCAUAGGCUGGAGACAUGCUUUAAUAUCGAUCAAAAUUAUAUUGGCGAAAUUGUUGAGAACAUAUAAAUUCUCAACCAGCUAUAAAUUUGAAGAUCUUGAUUUUGUCGAGGAUCUUACUUUGAAAUUUAAGACCGUACCUUUGCUGGAUAUUCAAAGAAGGGAUUGUUAGUGUUACGCUUCAUCGCUUAAGUGUUAUAUGUAUGGACAUGUUUCUUUGUAAAUGUUUAUAAAAAAAUCGAAACACAAACAACAGUUUAGUUUGGAAAAACAAGACAAAAUAAAACGAAAUAAAUGUAUUUAAAAUAUCUUACCAUUUACUCAAUAUCCUCAGGUAGAUUAU